AAGCGAUAGAGCUGACAGGCUCCAUUCACUGAACAAACGCAUGUUGUUCAGAUCAGAAGUCAAAGCAGAGUCACUUCUAGUGAAGCGAAACUCAGACAGUCGUCACUGAGAGAUAAAAUGGCGCAGAAAGGAGUUCAGCUGGAUCGGGAAGCCAUCUCUUGUUCCAUCUGUCUGGAUCUACUGAAGGAUCCGGUGGCUAUUCCCUGUGGACACAGCUACUGCAUGAACUGUAUUAAAACACACUGGGAUGAAGAGGAUGUGAAGAAACUCUACAGCUGCCCUCAGUGUAGGCAGACCUUCACACCGAGGCCUGUCCUGCUGAAAAGCACCAUGUUAGCAGUUUUAGUGGAGGAGCUGAAGAAGACUGGACUCCAAGCUGCUCCUGCUGAUCACUGCUAUGCUGGACCUGAAGAUGUGUCCUGUGAUGUCUGCACUGGGAGGAAACUGAAAGCCCUCAAGUCCUGUCUCGUCUGUCUGGCCUCUUAUUGUGAGAAACACCUCCAGCCUCAUUAUGACGCGGCUCCAUUAAAGAAACACAAGCUGGUGGACCCCUCCAAGAAGCUCCAGGAGAACUGGACUGAGAGGCAGAGAGAGCUGGAGGUGAGUCGACUAAACAUCCAGCAGAGAAUCCAGGACAGAGAGAAAGACGUGAGGCUGCUUCAGCAGGAGGUGGAGGCCGUCAAUCGCUCUGCCGACGAAGCGGUGAAGGACAGCGAGAAGAUCUUCACCGAGCUGAUCCGUCUCAUGGAGAAAAGAAGCUCUGAUGUGAAGCAGCAGGUCAGAUCCCAGCAGAAAAGUGAAGUGAGUCGAGUCAAAGAGCUUCAGGAGAAGCUGGAGCAGGAGAUCUCUGAGCUGAAGAGGAGAGACGCUGAGCUGAAGCUGCUCUCACACACAGAGGAUCACAACCAGUUUCUACACAACUACCCCUCACUGUCACCACUCAGAGAACCUACAGACUCGUCCGGCAUCGAUAUCCGUCCUCUGAGCUACUUUGAGGACGUGACGGCGGCUGUGUCAGAAGUCAGAGAUAAACUACAGGACGUUCUGAGAGAGAAGUGGACAAACGUCUCACUGGCAGUGACUGAAGUGGACGUUUUACUGUCUCCUUCACAAGCAGAGCCCAAGACCAGAGCUGAGUUCUUAAGAUAUUCAAGUGAAAUCCCACUGGAUCCAAACACAGCACACACAGAUCUGUUAUUAUCUGAGGGGAACAGAAAAGCAACAUUUAUGAGAGAACAACAGUCUUAUUCUAGUCACCCAGACAGAUUCACUUCAUAUCAUCAUGUCCUGAGUGGAGAGAGUCUGACUGGACGUUGUUACUGGGAGGUGGAGUGGAGAGGAGGAGUUUAUGUAGCAGUCGCAUACAAGAAUAUCAGCAGAACAGGAAGCUCUGAUGAAUGUGUGUUUGGAUGGAAUGACAAAUCUUGGGCGUUAGAUUGUAACAAAAACAGUUUUACAUUUUGGUACAACAAUAUCCAAACUCCCGUCUCUGGUCCUCAGUCCUCCAGAGUAGGAGUGUACCUGGAUCACAGAGGAGGUAUUCUGUCUUUCUACAGCGUCUCUGAAACCAUGACUCUCCUCCACAGAGUCCAGACCACAUUCACUCAGCCUCUCUUUGCUGGAUUCAGGUUUUAUUAUGGUUAUGGAGACACUGCUGAGUUCUGUAAACUGAAAUAGUCAAAAGUGCUUUAAGGAACAGCUAAUUCAAUUUUGUGUUUUAAUCCUGAAACUCAUUUUGUCUCCAUCAUUGUCACUUAAUUGCUGAUUUUUCUUCACCUGUCAAUCAAACAUUGUUGGCGGUACUUUGACAUCUUCUCACUAUUGUUCUGUAAAUGUUUGAGUUUCUUUAGGUGGAGCUCCUUUCUGUGUCUGUUUAGCCAUGGAGGCUAUCACUGCUCAUGAUGAUCUUUGUUGACCUGAACUGAUAUUUCUCUUCAUGAAAAUGUAAACUCAAAGAUAUUUAGUUCUCAGCACUCUUUGUAAAGAUUUCUUUAAGUGAAAUUAUGUUUAUUUUCUAUGACAGAUUAAAUGCUGUUCUUGUUGUUUUCUUAAUAAUUAUACAAAAGAGGUACUAUGAUGUAUUAUAUAACUAAUUAUUAUAAUCAUAAUCAAUAAGUGAAUCAUUCAUUAUUCUCUUUUACGUAACUGAGAUUCAGGUCAAACAAAUAGAUGAUGAGGAUGAAGUGAAUGUGUUCAUGAAAUCAUUGAACAAGAGUCAUUGAACAGACUUUACUGAUGGGAUGUGAACAAACUGAAGGUUUACAUGAUGAAUAAAGUAUUUCUUGAUUCAAGAAUGAACAAA